ACCCAUUGCUAAGGGUUCCGAACAUGCAGAAGCUUUGAUUCUAUUUAAGGAUUCUGAACAUACUACGAAAAAUGUCAAAUGUGAGUAUAAUAUGAACAAGGAUGUAUUUCCAAUCUCAUUAAUAUGUAAAAGAUUAAUGUAUAAUAUGAUUUUGCUUAGACACCACAACAGUGUAUCCUUGCAAUUAGAAGAACGGGAAAUGGAAAAAGCUUUGCAGAACCCUUUUGGUGCAAAUUCAGAAGUCGGUCAUUCAACUAAUUCCAAAACAAAAGGAACAAUAGUUCAUGAUUGUGGAAAUGGACGUUCCUAUGUUGAUACACGAGGUUUUGAUGAUUCCGAUGAGAAAAAAGAUGAUGCUGAGAUUGCUCGUGAGAUUCUUCGUAAAAUAGUAGAUAAUCAUAUUAAGAAAUUGACCACAAUCCUGUGGUUUGUAUUACCUGACAACAGAGCGACACAUUCGCUUAAACUUCAAGCAGGGUUUAUAGAAUCCCUUGUGAUGCUGCUAAAAAUAUAG